AGCGCCUUCCGGGAUGACAGACGGAGCUUUUUUUUCAUCCAAAGCGAGUACAGUAGCGAAUUUGGAUGAUAAAACAAACUAAACCAACGUUUGGAUCGAUAUCUGCAUCGAUCUGCCCACCCUUGUCUCCUGGAUCGUAGCUGAGAUCAGCGUGAACCACGUGGGUCUCUGCUCCCUGAUCUGUUUCCUGUGUUUGGAAAGAGUUCCAGCUUCAUCACGGAGUUUCUCUCGGUUUGUGGGCUCAUCUAAAGCUGAUCAGCAGGAGGAGAAGAGUCUGACGGAGCAGCAGAGGAACAUUUUCAGCCAUCUGGACUCAGCUGAGUCACUACAGAGGAAACAAUGAGCUCAACAAAGAAGGACCAACAUGGAGAGAGAAGUCAGCGCUCUCAGGAGGCCGACAAACCUCACAGAAGAAAGAGAGAGAAAAAACACACCUGUGACGAGUGUGGGAAGGGUUUUACUGGGAAGGCAUUCCUAAAACAGCAUCAGGUCAUCCACACUGGAGAGAAACCGUUCAGCUGUGACUUGUGUGGAAAGUCUUUUUCCUGGAAGCUUUCCCUGAAAACACACCAAUUCAUCCACAGUGGAGUUAAAGCGUACAGCUGUGAUCAGUGUGGCAGAGCUUUUACUCGCAGUAGCAGCUUACAGAGGCAUCUAGUUACCCACUCUGGAAUUAAGGCAUACAGCUGUGACAUAUGUGGAAAAACAUUCAGCCAGAUUGAGAGCAGAAAUUUACACCUGCGCAUUCACACCAGACAUGAUGUGUACUGCUGUGGUCAGUGUGGCAAACACUUUGCUAAACACACACACUUACAACGCCACAUGUUUACCCACACUGAGGAGAGACCUUAUAAAUGUGACCUGUGUGAGAAGACUUUUAAAGCUCCAGAUUACCUGAAAGAACACCAACAGAUCCACAACAGAAAGAGACUCUCCAAGCGUAGUUACUGUGAGGACCAACAUGGAGCGAGAAGUCAGCGCUCUCAGGAGGCCGACAAACCUCACAGAAGAAAGGGAGAGAAAAAACACACCUGUGAUCAGUGUGGGAAGAAUUUUACUCUGUAUGACCUAAAACUUCAUCAGGUCAUCCAUACUGGAGAGAAACCGUUCAGCUGUGACUUGUGUGGAAAGACUUUUUCCUGGAAGGGUUCCCUAAAAACACACCAACUCAUCCACAGUGGAGUUAAAGCGUACAGCUGUGAUCAGUGUGGCAGAGCUUUUACUCAAAGUGGCCAAUUACAGAGUCAUCUAGUUACCCACUCUGGAAUUAAGGCAUACAGCUGUGACAUCUGUGGAAAAACCUUCAGUCGGAUAGACAGCCGAAAUAUACACCUACGCAUUCACACCAGACAUGAUGUGUACAGCUGUGGUCAGUGUGAUAAACAGUUUGCAACAGACGCACGUUUACAACGACACAUGUUGACCCACACUGAGGAACGACCUUAUAAAUGUGACCUGUGUGAGAAGACUUUUAAAGCUCCACUUAACCUGAAAGAACACCAACAGAUCCACACCAGAAAGAGACUCUACAAGUGCAGUUACUGUGAGAAGCAGAACGACACAGAUGCAUCCAGUUCUCAACCCUGUCAUCACUGUGGUGGUGGGAAAGACUUUCGUUGUGACCUCUGUGGAAAAACUUUCAGUUGGCAAGGCUCCCUAAAAAGACAUCAACGUAGACACACUGGAGACAAAUUGAAAAACUGCAAAGAAUGUGGGAGAAGCUUCACCACAUCAAGUUACUUAAAACAACAUGAACUGAUUCACAGUGGGGUUAAAAAGCACAUCUGUGAUCAGUGUGGGUCAUCCUUCAGAUCUAAAGGUCAGCUUAAAUCACACAAACGAGUCCACACAGGAGAGAAACCAUACAAGUGUAGACACUGUGACAAAAGCUUCUCACGAUCAAGUCAUCGUAACAAGCAUGAACGUACACACAUGGAAGGAAACUUAAGCUGUAACCAGUGUGACAAGAGCUUCAGGAAUCUCAGUUCAUACUCCGAACACAAACGAUCCCACGUUACUAAUAAACUGUUUCACUGUUACCUAUGUGCCAAAACAUUCACCUCAUUGUCUGCUCUGUGCAAACAUCAGCGUGAUCACUCAGGGGUGAAAUCACUCCCAUCACUGGAUCACAGUGAAUCUGAAGAGACACAAAGAUCCUCUGGUUUCAGUGUCAGACUUAGAACCCUUGAGAUCAGGCUCCACAGAGUUCAGAUGGAAUCUCCUGUAAAGAUCUGAUGAAAAUGUUCCACUAGAUGGAUGUAUAAUCUCUUUUUCUGAAGGUUGCUCUCCUCCUGUUUCUGUGAGUGCUGACUGCACAGAUGUAAUUCAGAUCCAUGUCACUGUUUGGAAGUAUCAGAUAACUGCUGAUACUGUAAAGCUGCUGGUCAGUCUGAUGGGCUGUUGUGUUGUUGUUGGUGAUGCUGGAUGACGGGCUGGUGGACCAGGUGAGCUCAGGUUAAGGGGAGAUCCCGUCUGAGCAGCAGGUGAUCCUUUGUCCUACUUGUUGGAGAUAACUUUACGGACUGGGGCUAAAAAAAACUAAGAAUAAAAAAACCAAAAGGAAAAAUAUAUUUCUAAAGAGUCAGAAAGAGAUUUUGUUGUCACAAUUUUCCUUUUCUGUUUAUUUCACGUUAACACGAUUUAAUUAAACAAAAAUCAUGUAAACAUGGUGAAUGGACUGCUGAGGACUGGGGCAAAGUCAUAUUCUCAGAUGAAGCCUCUUUCCGAUUGUUUGAAGCAUCUGGAAAAAGGCUUGUGCGGAGAAGAAAAGGUGAGCGCUACCAUCAGUCCUGUGUCAUGCCAACAGUAAAGCAUCCUGAGACCAUUCAUGUGUGGGGUUGCUUCUCAUCCAAGUGAGCCUGCUCACAAUUUUGCCCCCAAACACAGCCAUGAAUAAAGAAUGGUACCAAAACACCCUCCAACAGAUCUACAGAUUAAAAAUGCCCAAGGCGAAGCACUCAAAAGUCUGGCUGUACUUCACAGCAUCUGAUGAAGCACCUGGUGAUGCAUAGUGUUUUUGUAAAAGCUAGAAAAUGCGCCGUAUUUGAUAGCUUGCUGCAAGACCUCACACCGAGCACAUCUACUGCGGAUGUGGUGCCUGUUAUCGGACCCGGAGUUAGCAACAUCCCCCAAGAACCCGAAGAGUGGAGUCCUGGCCUCUAGCCCUGCCAGUGUAGCACCGGUUAUAUAAUGGAAUCACUGUGAUAAGCACCUAACCUACAUGUUUAAAAUCACAACAAACGUUUGAUACCACUUUUGUUGGAUUUGAAGAAGGUGGGGGGGGGCAACUUCACUCACAUCUAAGGAACCUAGGAUCUAAUGCCAAAAGGACAAACUAUAAACAAAAUAAAAGAAAACACAGAGCGCUGUGUAGGGCUGGGCGAUAUGGCCUUAAAUCCAUAUCGCGAUAUAAUUUGAAGCAUGUGCAGUAACGAUAUAUAUCGCGAUAUAUUCUUUUCUUCUGUAUAACGUAUUUUCCCCACUAUAAGGCACACAUAAAAUCCUUUAAUUUUCUCAAAAAUCGAGAGUGUGCCUUAUGUAUGAAUUCUGGUUGUGCUUACUGACCUCAAACCGAUUUUGGCGUGCAGAAAUCUGUUAAAAAAUGUUUUGAUGUCAGAGCAUUAUGGCUGCCGUACUGAGGAGCUUCGCGGAGUAAUCUGGGUCCAAAACUCCGUCCUCUUCAGGUCCCAAAGUCAAACGAACACUGAGAGUUAAAAACGGUCUAAAUUCUUCCAUCUUUAAUAAAAUCAUCAGCGUUGCUGCUUUACCAGGUAUAACAAUUAAGUUAAACAUCCAUGAAAACAGAAUUUAUUAAAUUUAACGGAGUUACAAGUUAACAGGAAGUUAGCUCACUAGUUUCCACCUAAACAUGACAUACCAUGUCCUGACUGAGAGAUUUUUGAAACUAAUUAAAACGUACAGCUCUGCUACCACUUCCAACAUAACUGAAGACAGAAAACUAAACAGCAGUGGCAUUUGAGGGGUUACUGAAGUUGGACUACCUGGUAUAUAAUGUUGUGCUACGUGAUUGCUAGCAACACAGCUAUGUUAGCAUAACAUUAGCACAGUGAAGCUGGAGGAUGAACACCAGCUUUUUUUUCACUCGAUAAAAGUUAAGGUGAGGGUUUCUGGUGGUUUGGGACAAAUGCAUUCGCAUAGCAGGAUGCUAUACACUGGCCAAACUUCAGUCAGGAGAACAACUGAGAUAAUCCAUCCACAAUACGAGGUUAGUUAUUAAUAUACUGCAACAACACGGGAAUAAAACUGUUGCGAGAGAAUUCAAUAUUAAUGAAUCAAUGUUACAGAAGUGGAGGAAGCGCAGUUUUUGGCUUUCCCCAUAUUUCAAAAGUGCUUCAUCUCUUUGCUAUGACUGUCGCCCGGCAUAAUUUGCAGAUGAUAAUGGUUGUAGCCAGGGGCGGAUCUAGAAGGGUGGUAUGGGGUGGCAAGUGCCACCCUAAAAUGAUCCCUUGCCACCCCAGUUUUGCAUAUGACAGUGUUGUUUAUUAAAAUAAGAUAGCAUUAACAGUUUGAGCGUAGUUACAGUCAGCAGUGAAUAUAAAUGCUAAAACUGAAUAUAUUACAUAGUGUUCCCCCCCUCCACCAUAAACAAAUGGUAUAGUCCAUAGAAGGACCGACUUUUUUCUUGUUUUCAGUAGCAAGCCAUGCUUAUGAUUGUGCCAGAGCACAUUUUGAACAACACCAUGGGAAUUUCAGAUUUUACACAGGUGGAUGGAUGUUACACUCUGGAAAUGGAAGGAAGGUGAGUGUUAUUAACCCUCUGUGGUCCACGACAUGCUGCACCUCCAAAUCACAUGACUAUUUUAAGCUGACAUAGCAACAAGCUGCAGUGACGCUGAGUCUCUGUUUCAGCCCACAUUGAAAGUUUGGACUUCAAAGUUUUUAAAUUUUAAUUACAGGCCAGUAAAUCCAGAGUUAUGAUAAUAUAUAUAAGCCACGCUUUUUACUAAAUACACGUUUUUGUGUGUGUGUGUUUUAAGCGUUUUCUAACGAAAGCGUAAAAACGGUAAAGAAAGGAAAAAAGCCACCUCUUUCCUGUCUGUGGAAAAAUGCACCAUGUCAACCAAUUAAAAAAAAAGUCAACUUGUGGGAUUUGGUUGUUUAGGAAGAGGGAAAAGUUUUGGGAGUGAUGGUAACGGCAGCGAGACAGAGCGAGCGAGUGAGAGAGAGAGUUUUUAGAUGUGGGAGAUUUGUGACGCUUAGUGUGGAGUGUAUACUUAGUGUAUUGUGUUGUCUUGUGCAGCUGUUCUGUUGCGUUUUUGUUUUGUGUGUUAGUGAGGGCACUAAUGAAUGUCACAAAGGCACAUUUGCAAUGUUAACACUGUCACUAAGUAGAAAACCAGCGGAGUGAUACAACUCCUGUUGUCAGGCCUGCAGGUUUAUCCCUGUGCUGUCCUUCAAAAAGAAAGAUUCCCACUGCUACGCUUGAGGAGUUGUCACCACUGUUAAAUACAAUUCAGAAACACCUUAACGAGGCCUAACGAGCUCCAACUGCAUUGUGAAAAGUACGUAAACGCAGCCACAGUUACUGAAGAACAGGCAGAAGCUAUUGAGGUACGCAUCAGACUACAACACAAGAGCCCUGAAUGGUAUGUUUGGCGUGCUGGGAGAAUCACAGCUUCAAUGAUGCAUGCUGUGUUUGCCACCAGUGUAGAAAAACCAGCCGUAAGUGUCGUUAAUCGUGUUUGCUACCCUGAUAACUCAGUCUAUAAUGUGCAAACAACUUGGGGACUGGAGCAUGAACAGGAUGCUCGACACGCCUACGCCCAAAUAAUGUGACUGAUCAACUGAUCAACACACACAUUCACACAUGUGCAAUAACACUAAUGUGCAAUAAUCUUUUCUGGCAUCGUUGUAUUUUUUACUGAGUUGUAUAUAGCACUUGUAUUCUAU